UGCAAUGUCCGUUCCAAGUACUAUUCCAAUUUUGAUUUUAUAGCAAAUAUUUAACAUUAGAAAAAAUAAUUUUAUUUAUAACAUUUUUCAUGCGUUUCAAAUCAUGACAGUACAAUUCAUACAAUCAGAAUGCUUCUGAAAGAUCAAUUCAGUAUGGUCCUCCAUCCUAUUCACAACAACAAAAUUUCUACCAUCCAAAUCCAAUCAUCUCCCAACCACGACUACAAGCAACUCCAAGUGGCUGGAUGAAUAUGCCGACCAAUGUCAAUCCAAUCUGUUCACCGGGUUUGGAAUAUCUAGCAUUAAUCGAUCAACUGUUGGUCCAUCAGAAGAUUGAACUAUUCGAAGCAUUUACUGGCUUUCAAACGAAUAAUAAAUACGUCAUCCGAAAUACGUUGGGUCAAAAUGUGUACUGGGCCAUUGAAAAAAGUGAUUUCUGCAAUCGAUUGUGCUGCGGUCCAUCUCGAUCAUUCAAUAUGCAAAUUACGGAUGCUUAUCAACAGGAAGUGAUCCAUUUGUAUCGUCCGUUGGCCUGUUCGAGCUGUUGUUUCCCUUGCUGUUUGCAAUCAAUCGAAAUAUCCGCACCCGUUGGUAAUAUCAUCGGGAUCAUUAACCAAGAAUGGACAUUAUGUUACCCAAAUUUCACCGUCAAAAAUGAUGUCGGUGAAACUGUUCUACGCAUCGAAGGACCGUUUUUGUCCUUUUCAUGUGGUCGAGAUGUUGAAUUUAAGAUUCUUUCAUUGGAAGGCACUCAGGUCGGAAAAAUAUCGAAACAAUGGUCAGGCUUGGCACGCGAAUUUUUUACCGAAGCUGACAACUUUGGGAUCAGUUUUCCAAUGGAUUUGGAUGUUCGCAUGAAAGCUGUCAUGCUGGGAGCCUGCAUUUUGAUUGAUAUGAUAUUUUAUGAAAACAGUGGACAAUAUGGAAAUGCCAUAGCCAGUUUUGUUACUUAACCCUCAAUUGCAUGAAUUUUUCCCAGGACUUAGAGAGUACUGGUUUUUGGUUGAUUUUUGGCCAUAGAUAACGAAAAAAAUAUUCAUAAUCCUAGAUUUCCCAUGGUUUCAGUCAAGAAAUGCGAUAGACAUAAGUCAAAGAAUAAUGAAAUCCAUUGUUUAAAAGUGUCAAAAAUGUGUCUAAUUUGGAAACCGAAUAAUUUAUUUUGUCAAAUUUUCGUUUUCGUGCACAUUUUUGUUUAUAACUCACCAAUCGUACUACAUAGACAAACGACGCCAAAGACAAAAAUAAAGAAAAAAAAACAUUGACAAAUAAAAAUUCCCCUUGAAGCAAUGUCAUCCGACGUACGGUUCACAUUAUACAGGUAUUUAAAUAAUGCCCACCAAAAGGCGGGCUUAUGCAGUUGAGGGUUAAAUCAUUUUCUGAAGCCAUUGAAGUUAAUAAACUUCGGAAUUUAAUUUUUUUUUUGUUUAUUUAGUUUUGAAUCCAUUCAGUUCAUAAUAUUUCCAUAAAAUCAAUUUAGAAUUAUGAAUUCAGAUUCUAAUUUCAAAUGUUGGUCAAGUGUAACUAGCGCAAACAAACUGGUUGAACAAUUAAAUGAGACUAUAUAACUACAAAUCUACAUAUCUAACGCUGUGGAAAAAAUUCUCAAUGCAUCAAAUGUUAGAAUAAAUUA